AUGCCCAGGCGGAGCAUCGCGGAGGUGAAGGUGCUGGACGUGCAGAAGCGGCGCAUCCCCAACAAGCACUAUGUGAGUGGCGCGGCUCCGGGCGCCCGCUCCGCCGAGCCCGGCCCUGGGCAAACAAAGGCCGGGCGCUGCCGGCCCGCGGGCGGCCCCGCUCCCGCACGGAGCUCCGGGAAAGGGAGGAAGGAGGAGGAGGAGGAGGAGGAGGAGGAGGGCGGCAGCGCUGCCGGGUCUGCCGCUCCCACCCCGGCGUCUCCCGUGCGGGUCAGUCGGUGCCCCCCUGCCAGCGUGGGGAUGUGCCGCCUCUUCCCCCCAGACCCCGCUCCCGGGGCAGCGCCGGUGCCGACCCUGCGCGGGACCCGCCGGGGGACUCCCGGGGGCUUCGGGCGGGGGUCGCUGGAGGCGCUCCCGGGGCACCGCGCACCGAGGAGGCGGCCCCGGGCACCGCCGCCGAGCGCCUCCGCUUCGGUGUACAUCAUCAAGGUCACCUGGUCCAAUGGAUCCACAGAGGUCAUAUACCGACGGUACAGCAAGUUCUUCGACCUGCAGAUGCAAAUGCUGGACAAAUUUCCGAUGGAAGGAGGGCAGAAGGACCCCAAGCAAAGGAUCAUCCCCUUUCUGCCAGGGAAGAUCCUCUUCCGCCGGAGUCACAUCCGUGAUGUUGCAGUCAAGCGCCUGAUACCUAUUGAUGAAUAUUGCAAGGCUCUGAUCCAGCUGCCUCCCUACAUCUCCCAGUGUGAGGAGGUUCUCCAAUUCUUUGAGACGCGACCUGAUGACUUGACACCCCCCAAAGAGGAGCCCAUUGGAAAGAAGAGGUCUGGAGCUGACUCUGCCUCGGUCGACCCCUUGGUGCUGGAGCAGUAUGUCGUGGUGGCGGACUACCAGAAGCAGGAGAGCUCCGAGAUCAGCUUGUGCGUGGGCCAGUUGGUGGAUAUCAUUGAGAAGAACGAAUCAGGGUGGUGGUUUGUGAGCACAUUGGAAGAGCAGGGCUGGGUGCCGGCGACCUGCCUGGAGGCUCAGGAUGGAGUCCAGGAUGAGUUCUCAAUGCAGCCUGAUGGAGUCCCAUGGAGAUACUGGUCUCUGCCCAGGCACGUUGGCCGCCGUCGGACUCUUGGGGACUUGUACACCAGUGGAUGGGGUCAAGAGGAGAAGUACACUGUCAUUUACCCCUACACUGCAAGGGACCAGGAUGAAAUGAACCUGGACAAGGGAGCUGUGGUCGUGGUGAUCCAGAAGAACCUGGAGGGUUGGUGGAAAAUCAGGUACCAGGGCCAGGAAGGCUGGGCCCCUGCCUCCUAUCUCAAAAAGGGGAAUGGAGACAUGUUCUCACAGAAGCUGGGGCCGGGCUCCUCUGCUCAUUCCUGUGCCUUGGAUCUGGAUGGCAUCUCCCGGCAGCAGGUGGUGGCGAGCCGAGAGAAGGAUGGGCUCACUGGGCAGAGGGAUGGGAGGUUCGACAGCCGCCCCCUGCCCAACGCCGACAUCCGACGCAAGUCACCAAAGAUGAGGCAGAGGCCACCUCCUCGCCGAGACCUCACCAUACCACGUGGUUUGAACCUGCCUAAACCUCCUGUCCCUCCUCAAGUGGAAGAGGAAUAUUACACCAUCGCUGAUUUCCAGACUACCAUUCCUGAUGGCAUCAGCUUCCAGGCAGGAAUGAAAGUAGAGGUUAUUGAGAAGAAUCUGAGCGGCUGGUGGUACAUCCAGAUCGAGGAGAAGGAAGGCUGGGCCCCUGCCACCUUCAUUGAUAAGUACAAGAAAACCAGCAAUGCAUCCCGGCCGAAUUUCCUGGCUCCACUCCCCAAUGAGAUGGCCCAGCUCCGGCUCGGUGACGCCACGGCCGAUGGCAACAGCAGUGAGGAGGCGACAGGGCCGUGCCGUCCUCUGCCAGAGGCUCCUCCUAACGGUACGGACUGCAGUGGGAGGUGGGCCAAAGACUGGAAGGGGCGGGAAGGUCCCGAAAGUGGGGACCUUUCCUUUGCCGGGGGCUAUGAGGAGAUCUCGGACCGUGACACAGAGGAGAAGCCCAGCCUGCCGCCCAGGAAGGAGUCCAUCAUUAAAUCAGAAGGCGAGUUACUUGAGAGGCAGAGACCUCCCCCCAAGCCCCCAGGCAUGAUUUUGCCCAUGAUCCCACCCAAGCAGUCGGCAGCCCCAAAGGACAGCAAGAAGCCAGAGCUCAAACCAGAGAAGGGCAAACUUUUCCAGCUGAAAAACGAAAUGGGACUGGAAUGUGGACAUAAGGUGUCAGCCAAGGAGGUGAAGAAGCCAAACCUCCGGCCCAUUGUCAAGCCAACCAAGCCAAAAGCUGAGCCUGUGGAGGACAAACCUGAGCCCAUCACCCAGAAUCCGUUCUUGAAGUCUAGACCUCAGAUCAAGCCAAAGCCUGCUGCAUCCCCCCGGACAGACCCACCUCCAGCUGAUGAUAAACUGGACAUUUGCAGCCUGCGGAGCAAGCUUAGACCUGCCAAGUGCCCAGAGAAGCCCUCCGAGCAGGACACUGCUGCCAGUGAAAUCUCCUUCAGUAGUGCUGUGGUCUCUUCGGAGGCUCCUGGAAGGUUUCCAGAGCGACCAAGCAUGGAGAACAAGCCCCUGCCCAAGCUGGACAGCUAUACCACAAAAGAGGCACUGCCCAAAUCUCCCCUGGGCCCAGCAAACACCCCAUGUGCCAGGGACGCCCCACCACAGCGCCCCGUUGUGCCACCUCGCAGACCACCCCCACCCAAGAAAAUAGGGGGUCCUGCCCCUGGCCCCGCAGUGGAGCUGAGGGCCCCAGCACGGGAAGCGCCUGAAAUCAGGUCAUCUGCAGUGCCAGGGAGGCCCAUGCUGGUUCCUCCGAAAGCCAAGCCCUUCCUCUCUGCCUCCAUCCAAGAUGAAGCCAAAGCAAAAAGCAGCAUAAGCCCAAAGGUCAUUUCCAAACCAGUGGAGAGAGGGGACCCUAGGGAGAGGACCUCAGCCCCUGUCUCCAGCCUGGACAUUACCAGGGAAGCUCUCUAUGUGGCAGUGGCGGAUUUUGAAGGCGACGAGGAGACCAACAGCUUUAAAGAAGGGACUUUGUUUGAAGUUCGUGAGAAGAACAGCAGUGGCUGGUGGUUUUGCAAGGUCCUGACAGGGGGGCCGUGCUGGGAGGGCUGGAUCCCUUCCAAUUACCUGCGGAAGAAGCCGUAGCCACUCCUCUGCUUGCACGGCUGGAGGUUCCCUGGUCUCUCACCUGAGUAUUUAAUUAGCAGAUUAAUUUAUAGUUUUCUGUGAGGCUGGCUUUAAAAGGAAAGAUAAUAAUUGAGAUCCCACGCAUCCCAGCUGGUGGUGCCUGUUGGCGGCAGCAUGGAGGAAGCAGCUUGGCCUCCCCUCCCCACCCAUUUGCUCCCACCCACCCUCCUCCCCACAUUCUCCCAAGGACUUGGCUCCUGUGCCAUCCUGGCAGCCCAGACAUGCAGCUGGAGCUGUCUUGGCCAAGCUUCAUGGUGUAUGAUGGCUCCCGUGGUUCUCUGUGCUCAGGAGAUGGACUUUGAUAAACAUUUUGCCACCUGUACCAUGAAUGGUACCAACAAAGAUUUAUGGGUGGAAUGGUACCAACAAAGGAAAUCUGGCUGCACAAAAGAAUUUGCCUUUCCCUGAAGCUCAGGGUCACAGUUAAAUGUUGUAGGUCACCUUGCUUAGUCCAGGUGUGUGCCAGAGCCAUUGGGAAUGUGGCCAAAAGGAGGAAUGAUUGCUGAGAACAGGGUCCCUAUAGCUCUGUCUGCACGUGCAGGCACAGGCAUUGCCCAGUUAAGGGCUGUGCCUUGCUCCACCCACAAAUGCCACAGGACCCUCCCUGCUCUGUGACAACAAGUGUUAACUUAAACAUCCUCCUGAUGGAAAAAAAUGGAGAGAACUACACACACACUCGUCCAACAGGUCCUCUCUGUGCUGAUCCAGGACACCAUGCAGGCUUCUCCCCUGCAGUACCACAACCAAACGUCAGAGGGGUUUUGCUGAAGAAUACUAUGCAAGGCACAGAGGACCAAAAUGACCCCAAAAGCCCUGGAAAAGGGAUGCUUUGCUUUCCUUCCCACACCGACUGCCCAGCUUGUUGGACUAAUAGGGGACCACCCCUUCUCACGACCCACUGAGCUUCCCCGGGCUGGCGGGCAGCAGCCAGGAGGUGGGUCCUUCCAUAGGUGCUGAUAUUAUCAAGUGCAAUCCAGAAUGUGGGAGUUCAGCUCCUCAUCACAACCAGUUGUGAGGUGUGUCUGGUGCUCAGGGGCUGCUUACCUUGUUUGUCACCCCACCUGCCUGUCUUCCAGGUCCUUUCAUUUCACGCUGUGUGACAGGUUGCUUGGGGAGCUUCAGGUCAAGCAGAGCCUGGGAUUUUUCAGCGCUGACAUCCUUGCCUGCCAAGCCUAAUCUUGCCCACAGUGUUGCUUAUCCCAGCAGGAGGAUGAGCAUGGAUGAGCUGUCUUUCCCCAGUGCCAAUUUCUUUCCCUCUGUCCUUGUCUAACUUGCAGGUUCAGGGCCGCAUUUCUCUCCAGAAGAGCUUUAAACCUGGCUCUUGGUGGGUUUCAUAGAAUCACAGAAUAGUUCGGGUUGGAAGAGACAUCUGGAGGUUAUCCAGUCCCACCCCCCCAGCCAAGGCAGGGUUAGGUUUUGUGUUGACCAAGCCCUGUUGCCCUCUCUGGUCUAAUUGCAAGUGUGAGCACUGCAGCCACAUUAUUUUGCUGCUGAAAAUAAUUACAGUUUUCCCUCUAAUUUGAGGCUGGCAGAAUUGAAGCAGUGUUCUCCACUCCCCAAAAUGCUUGCUUCCUUCUCUGUCCCAUAUUUUCUAGCCUGAAAAUGUAGAGUUGAAGAUCCCUCUGUCUGCAUAUAGAAUGAAAAUGGUGGUGCCUGUGGCCAGGUUUGUUCUGGGACAGUGAUGGAGCAGUUUGUCCCAGCGCUGGUUUGAUCUAAUAGAGAAGUCCUGACCAUCCCAGUACGGCCUAAAAUCCAGAAGCCCCAAGAUUCAAUUUUAGCCAUGGGAAUUCAUGCACCCCAUUCUCCCCUUGAUUGCUCUUGCUCUCACCUGCAGUUUUUUCAUCAGCCUCUGAUCAGAGUGACUCACCUGAGCUGGCAAUAAGUGAUCCAUUUGCAACCCAAUCUAGUAACAAAGCUCCUUGUGUGGCACAUUUCGAGUUGUUGAUGUGCUCCCAGGAGAGUUGCAGGGUGGGUUGGGGGAGCAACACUGCCUUCACUCUGCACAUCAGUUGCUCCAGUAAAGCCCUUCUGCUUUGGAAAGGAGUGGGGACAGGAUGAGUUAAGCCAGAGCUACUUGUCAGCCAAAUCCAGCCCUCUCCGUAUCUGAGGAAGGGGCUGGACCUGUAUCCCCCUGUCCGCUCUGGUAGUUUCAUGCAGGGGUGAAGGGGCUGUGUGUCCUUUUCUCAGGCAUUGUGUCCUUGCUCUGUCUUUGCUGAACAGCCUUUUAAUCUCAGAAUUGCCUCUUAUUGCUCUCUCUGAGACCUCACUGCCCUGGCUUUCCUCAGAGAGGACUGUGUUGUUUGUGUGACCUCCGCACUAAAUGAGGGCUAUUCCCACUUCCCUCCCAGACUGAACCUCAGAACUGGUAGUGCUUCAUUUUGCUAACACAAGUACUGUAUUUGGCUCAUUGAGCACGUGACAGGAUCGCUCCCUUGUUCCCAAAGAGCUUCCAAGAGGGCAGGGAUUACUCAGUAUGUGCUGACACCUGCAGCCUUACCCCUUCCUACCACUCUUCUGUCUUCAAAGGGACUGCAGGCUGGACAACUCCAGUCGGGAAGAUGCCAAGAGCCAUUGGGCUGGCAGGGUUCUGCCCCCCAUCUGAUACCUGUCCCCCAGUUCAGCCAUGUGUGCCCCAAGCCAGGCUGUGCCUCUCUGUACUUUGCACGUCACAUGCGGCCGAGCUCCCCGACUACCUCGUGAGGAGGAGGAGGGCAACCACGAGUACCCCGAGCUUGGCCACGGGGUGCAUUACCCCAUCAGGCAAUGCCCAACCACCCAGUGCAGUGUCAGGGUUUGUGACAAGGAGGGGCAUUGCCAUGGCUUGGGGCCCACGAGCCAGGUGUUGGGGACACGCCAGGGUUUGGCACAUCCCCAGCAGGCUGUUGGCCCUGCUGUGCCCUGCUCCUCACAGGCUCCCUAAACCUCCAAAACCCAUUUGUUUGUCCGUGUCUUGCUAUAUUAUGUAAGUGCAUAUAAAUCUACAUUACUGUGGGUGGGUGGGGGGCAGCAGAAGGUAGAUGUAGCUGUGUACAUGCCUAUCUAUACUUUCACCUUUAUGGGAUGGA